AAGAUGAAGAACAUAGGACCAUACGAGAUUGGAAAGCAGGUAGGCAAAGGUGCAACCGGAACGGUCUAUCUUGGUGUGGAUUCUUCGACGAGGAAGCAGCAGGUUGCAGUCAAAGUCAUGAAGAACUCUGAGAACUCUAAGAGGUUACCUGAAGCGCUGAAGCACGAAGUGUACGUCAUGACUCGAUUGGCACAUGAGAACAUAACAGCGAUACGCACCGUCCUCGAAGACGACAAGAACACCUACAUCAUCCUUGAAUAUGUCGGCAAGGGAGAGCUGUACGACACCGUUGUGAAGUGGAAAAAGAAUCAGCGAGAGAGAUUCACGUUCCACUACUUCAAUCAGCUCAUGAAUGGCCUCAAGUAUCUGCACGACUCGGGGUACUGCCAUCGCGACCUCAAGCUUGAGAAUCUUCUUCUGAGUAAGGACGGCGUCUUGAAGAUCGCCGACUUCGGCGUCUCCAAGGACCUAAAUGCGAACCCGAUGCAUACCUGCUGUGGUUCGCCUGACUACAUCGCUCCUGAAGUCAUCACCGGUGAGCCGAGCUCGAGCGGAUACGAUGGUAGACUAGCUGACCUGUGGUCCUGUGGCGUCAUCCUGUACGCCAUGCUC